GAAAAGAGUCGAAACAGAACCCAUUGUGGUGUUGGAGAGGAGUGAGCUGCUGCCAGAGAGAAGAAGAAAAGAGGGCAAUUUGGUGACCACAAAGGGACUCAUGGUACGCGGACAGAUAUGGACGUUAACGCACGACACGGACGCCGUUGUCUGUUGUGAAGAGGACCGCGUCGUCCGGUCGGAAAGAGCCGGUAUAUGAAGAGUUAAGACUCGAUAUCCCAACUGUUUAUUUCUGCCAGCUAGCAGGCUAGCUGAGCUAAGAUACCCCAGGAGCUAGACAUGGGAAGCCCGGGCGAGUUUGCAUGAUAGAGAUCUCCGUCGAGCUUUGAAGGGAAGCUGCUUUUGCUCUAGAUAUUGUCGGCGGUGAUUUAAAGUGUCCGUCGCACGCCUCGUAAGUGGCCGCAACUUUGAAGAAUGAUAUCAACUGAGCGCUAAGCAAUUCCCUACUACAGACCCGGAGAGGAGAGGAAAAAAAAAAAGUCACAGGCCUGCUGGCUCGCCGUUGCACACAAACACCAAGAAGGGAGAACAUGACUCACUGGCCCCUGCCAGAGACUGGCACGGGGCAGCUGUGCCAACCUCGCCCCUGCCUGCCGCUUUAGAAGCUACCCCAGUACACCAUGACGGAGAGGCAUUGAGGUUCGCUCCCUGACGAUCAUCUCAAUACCUCUCCUCCUCCCUAUCCCUCAAGAAUCCCCGCCCCUGCCCCGUCCCCAUCAUGCUGCGCUUCCUGCCUCUCAAACUUGGCCGCCUGUACCGCUGUCUGAAGCUCUUGCUGGUGGUGGGACUGUUUGUCAUCUUGUUGAUGAACACCCACAACCUGUUCGCCUCCUUCCAGAAGAAUGAGCUCACUGACAGACGCUUCAUCAACCUCAACAAGUGUCCCGCCUGCUUUGGCACCAGCUGGUGCCGUAAAUUCAUGAACGGGCAAGUUUCCUUUGAGACCUGGGGUCGCCUACGAUUCCUAGAUGUUUUCAAUGUCAAGAAUGUUUACUUUGCCCAGUACGGCGAGCCCAGGGAGGGCACCCGACGCGUGGUGCUCAAACGGCUCGGCUCCAACCAGGAGUUGGCCGAGAUAGACCAGAAAAUCUGCAAGAGGGCCACAGGCAGGCCGCGCUGUGACCUCAUCCAGGCAAUGUACAAGACUGAAUUUGCCCGGAUCAAUGGCGACGUUCGUCUGCUCACUCCAGAGGUGGUGGAGGGCUGGUCAGACCUGGUGCACUGCCCCUCUCAGAGGCUGCUGGACCGCGUGGUCCGCAGGUACGCCGAGACCAAAGACUCAGGCAGCUUCCUGCUAAAGAACCUCAAGGACACAGAGAGAAUGCAGCUGCUCAUGACCUUGGCAUUCAACCCGGAACCGCUCGUACUACAGAGCUUUCCGUCAGACGAAGGGUGGCCGUUCGCCAAGUACCUGGGAGCAUGUGGGCGCAUGGUAGCUGUCAACUACGUGGGCGAGGAGCUGUGGAGCUUCUACAACGCACCCUGGGAGAAGAGGGUAGACUUGGCGCGUCAGCUGAUGGACAUCGCCGAGCAGCUCACCAACAACGACUUUGAGUUUGCCCUCUACCUGCUCGAUGUCAGCUUUGACAACUUUGCGGUCGGCCCACGCGACGGGAAGGUCAUAGUUGUUGACGCGGAGAAUGUUCUUGUGGCAGACAAAAGGUUGAUCAAGCAGAACAAGCCAGAAAACUACGACGUGUGGUACGAGAGCCGCUUUGAGGAGUGUGACAGAGAGGCCUGCCUGUCUUUCUCUAAGGACUCCCUCUGCUCCAGGGUCACCGUGGACCACAACUACUAUGCCGUGUGCCAGAACCUGCUGUCGCGGUACGCUACGUGGCGGGGCACCACUGGAGGCCUCCUCCACGACCCCCCUGCCCACAUAGCCAAAGAUGGACAACUCGAGGCCCUGUUGGACGAGUGCACCAAACCCAAAAAGCGUUACGGCCGCUUCCAGGCGGCCAAGGAACUGCGCGAAUACCUCACGCAGCUAGCUGCCGCUUCCUCCUCUGCCACGGCCAGGUAAUGAAUGGAGUCGGCGUUAGCCUGACGCACUGACAGACUGGAUCCUGUACUCUUUAUCUCCGGACUCUUGAGAUCCUGGUUCUUGUACAUGAUGUCAUUCGCUCCCCCUUUGUGCACUGGAGAUGGAAAGUGUUAGAGGUCUUGCAUCAGUAAGUGUAAGAAUCAAACUUCAAAGCAGAUUUGUUAAAGCUCUGGCUUUUACCUGACUGUGCUCUUGUGUAAAAAAAAAGGAGUGUGGCGCUAAGAGAUUCCAGUUAGAACCAGGAUAGAGAGGGGAUAGAGGUAACCUCUUCUCUCCCAGGGUGGGCUGCCACCCUCGGGGUGGGGAGGGGGAGAAAGGGCUCUGGCAAACGCGUCCUUCACUGGACCCAGGCUACCGCAAACCAGAGCAUCCAAGCAACAACAACAGCAGCAACAACAUCGCACAGCCCUGACCACAUUCGUCCUCCCGGUCACUACUCAAUCUAUCAGAACUGUUGUGUUUCAUAACAUUGAAUCUUAACACCGGUUUCAUUCUGCCCCCAGGAACUCGUUUGUUUUUUUGUUUGUUUUUUGUGUUUUCUUUUUUUCAGGGCUGAAUUUAAGUAGAUUGGUGCGUUUACAAUUUUGCUGUGCCAUGGCUUUUUUUUCUCUCUCUGUAGAAUGGCUGCAGGGAAGGCGAAGGUAGCAUGAAUCUCCUGCUGUCAGGCAGCAGGGAAGGCCAAACUACAGAAGGUAGAGAGGAGAGGCAGGGGGUUGGAGCUUUGGUUUUCACGCUGGAGAAAAAGAAAACCCUUGACGGCUAUAUAAGUCUAAUUUCCUACUACUCCAAUCAAUCACUUGAUUUCCAGGUUCCAAGAUUGUGGCAAUCAUCUUUUUUUUUUUUUAUAUGUGCGUUUUUUUUUUUUCUUUCCCCUUUUUAAUAGGAAACCGAGAGAGAGUGAGACAGCUGCACAUAGGAAAAGGAAGGGAAUAAUUGGACAGUGGUGGUCCCUCGAUGCAGAUGUGCCUAUACCAAAGAGGCUAUAUAUAAUAUUAAGAACCCUGAGCAGUACAGAAUGACAGCACCUUUCCCUCCAGUUGUUCCCAACUAGAGCUAUCCAAAGGAACCGUAAUGUGUACACAAUCUUAUAUGAGCUGGCAGGUCUGCAUAAAGACUUUUCCCAAUAAAAACCUAAUCCAGAAGUAUGCAAUUCAAAGAUUGGGCAUCUCUUCUUUAAGUCUCCCAUAUGAUUGACAAACGAAGACAGAUAGGCACAGACAUGUUUUUCUUCCAACAAGGUGAAAAAAAUAUGUUGACUAAAUGAGAGUGGGAGAUGAGGUGAUUCUUAAGAGGACUGUAAACACAAUAAAACAGCAAAGUAUUGGCUUCCAGUGCCAAAUUCUCUUUAAAAUGUCUGUAAUUGAUAAAUGAAUCCUAUUGUCAAACUUCUCCCACUAGUGUCGAGUGCAGUAAGCUCUAUCGAGUAAAUGUUGGAGGAAAAUAAAAAAGGGAAUGAAGAUAUCCUAAAUUACUUCUUUGCUCUAGAACUGGCUUCUGACCUGCACUUAGAAAUUUUGCAGCCCAGAAAUUUCUGUUGAAUAUUUAAACACUCAGCACCACUUAGAGGUUGGGUUGAUUUUACACUUGGCGGACCGACAAAUUAAAACAUAUUCACAAAUAUAGGCCCAUUUGGUAACGGAUUAUGAGAGAUCUUACAUAAAUGAAUUUUUUUCCUUUCUAAAACGACUGGCUCCAUCUGUUAUUUAGGUUGUCUGUCUUGAUAUUGUGAAUCAGACGCUAAAUGCCCAGAGGAGUGAUGUGUAUCACGGUCAAUAAUCAAGUAAAUAUGAGCCACUCCAUCUGCGGGGAAACUAGAAAGCACAUCAGUUGCUUUUUGGCCUUCUUGCAAGACCCGGGGAACUGACGUGACCCUUGUCAGUCAGGAAAAGCAAUAAAGAGAAGUUUGGCGAAUGGAUUUCUGGUUUUGAAAUAGCCCUCCUCCCCCCAACCCCUCUUUGUUGUGUCAGAUAUGUCUCCCCUGUCUGGAGGAUGUUGAACCUGGAGGGAUUUGUACGUGCGUAACUAACUGUCCACUUUUGUACUGUAAUUUUUCUUUUGAGUAUUAUAUCAGCAUUGUCUGAUUUUUCCUGUGCCUUUCAUUCAAAAGUUGUAUUGACAACUUUUAGUGGGUUUAAAUAUUAAAAUAAAAAGAAGAUAUAUAUAUAUAUAAAUAUAUAUAUAUAGAUAUAUUCA